GCUAGGGGCGCCACGCGUUGCUAGGGGACGCGACGGUCGCCGAGGCACGACAGUUGGCCUCUCGCUGCCCAGCCCACGGAUUCCUGAGUGGAGAACACGAGCACCGCCGCGCUCUCCUGUGAGCUCCCGGGCGGGGUGCCUCGGCCUCUCCAGGUCGGCCAGCGAGGAAAUAAUUGGCAAUAAGAUCCCUGUAGCCAUGGCUAGUUCUGACGUGAAACCAAAAUCAAUAAGUCGUGCCAAAAAAUGGUCAGAAGAGAUAGAAAAUCUGUACAGAUUUCAGCAAGCAGGAUAUCGGGAUGAAAUUGAAUAUAAACAAGUGAAACAAGUUUCUAUGGUAGAUCGUUGGCCAGAGACGGGAUACGUGAAGAAACUCCAGAGAAGGGACAAUACUUUCUAUUACUACAACAAACAGAGGGAGUGUGACGACAAGGAAGUCCACAAAGUCAAAAUUUAUGCUUACUAGCUUUCGUUCUUUGUGUUGUCAUCAUCUAAGACUUCAUUGCUUCAUUCUACAUCAUGUAAAUGUCAUUUUACAAAAUAAUUCAAAAUGCAGACUUCAGUUGAAUGUUUUGAAACACAAAAGCUAUGAAACCUGGUAUCAAUCAUCCUGUUCUAUUCUAAAAUAUAAUUACAGAAGCAUUAAAGUUGUACCCG